AUGCGCAGUUUCUGGCUGAAUCUUCAGGAUGCUGUUGAGGGCACACCUCUUUUGGUAGCGCCAGCAAAGGGAGGUGCAAAAGGUGAGUGCCUUCGUUGCUACUACAUACGCCGUGGUUCUUUCAAAGAUCUGGAUGCUGCUGAGCUGCGGACUUUGAUUUUCAAGAACCCUGCUUUGAAAACAAAGUUCAGGUCCCUGCGACGACGCCACAUAAAGCUUACAACACGCAAUCCAGGAUCACGCCCCAGGCAUGAAUCCGUGGACGUCAAGCACUACACAGAGCGCAAAGAUGAAUCAUACUGUGACAUAUACCAGGAAGGCGAGUGGAUGGCGCUGACAGAUUACAUCAACACCAAAAUCACUGAUGAACAGAUUCGCAAAAAGUUGAAGACGGUUGCGCAGAAGAAAGCCUAUGUUUCCAAUGAUGACAUGGGAACAGAAGGAGUUAUCAUUGUGGCAUCAUCGAGCACCAAGAAAGUUCGAAUGGGCAGCCGUGUCUCUGCGUCACAAAUCCGCCAAGAAGAGCAUGAGAACUCAGCCGCCGCCAAGUCCAAGCAGGAGAAGAACAAGUUGAACAACCAGAUGCAGGAAGAGGAGGAUGUGGCUUUGAAUGGCCAACCUGAGACGGUGGAAGAGGAUGCUCCAGCAGGUGCUGAAGAGUCAGAUGCAGCAUCUUCUGAUGAGAUGUUUGGCUUCACAACAUCAGCUGCAAAGGCAAAGCCUGCCAAGCCAGCACCAAAAAGGGCCCGCCGUGAAGAGUCAGCAGCUACACCAGUGCAGACCAAACAAAACAAGGCUGGACCUUCAGAUGAGCAGCUUGCGGCAAGACUUGAGAAGGCUACUGCUGGGAUUGAGUUGUUGAAGAAGAUUACCGCACUUAGCCUGUGGCAAGGCAGUGUCAAAGAGAAGGAUGUGAGCAGCAAACUUGGAAAGUUGUGUGAGUUGCAGACUCAGCUAGAAAAGGAUCCCGGUGAAGUCGCGCAAAGACUUGCCCAAGAGCUGCAGGGUUUGAUCAACCAAACAAACACUUGUCUCUUGGCCAUUGAGAAUGCCCACGAUAUGGUUGAGAAAGCAGGUCUCAGCAACCCCCAGUUUGCGUUCGACAAUGAUGAGUUCAAGAUCUAUGAAGACUUCUUUGAUGCAAUGCAGAUUGACUGCCGAACUGCCAUUUUGACAGAGAUUGGCCGCAAGCUCACUGAGGCUGGCAUAUGGCCAAAUGGAGACAGUGACGUGCAUGGCAACGUCCACAUGGUCAUGAAAAUGCUCCCCGACCUGCAGCGAUUCCUGGCGCUUGGAUAUGUACUGAUUCAGUCCAAGGGAGAGCUGGUCUUGGGGCCAGAGCGAAUCAAGGAGAUCAAAGCCACAGUGAGCAAUUCACCGCAAAUUUCUCCUCGCUGCGCCUUGCUCUUCCGGGCAAACAACAGAUUGAAGACAGGGGUUAAACGCCUGUGUGUGUGGCAGCGUGUUUGGUUAAUCUCUACAUUUUGGAAUGUGAUGCAUGCAAGUAGGAAUGCAACACGACACGACCUUUUUUCCCACUACAGGACUCUUUGGGCAACUGCCUGCGAGAUUGCUAAGAUGGCUAUUGAUGAGUCCAAGGCUGCUUCUGAGGCUGAGCGGUUGGCUACGUCUUUGACUGAGCUUGUGAAGAAACUUGGUCAGCCGCCAGCGCUUGCUUCCAGUGCCACCUUUAAUGAGGUGAAGGAAGCGGGUUUCAAUUGCAGCAGUGCAAAAGACUACCUUGUAGCCUGUCAGGAGUUGAAAGCUGAUGAAGCUGCAAAGAGUGCAGAUCAAUUGAAGAGCGCGCUUGAAGAGAUGACUACAUCCAUGAACUCUGAGUUCUUUUCUGAUGUGGAGGUCACAUUCAGUAAACAUGUUCAGGAUUUGUGGCUGGAAGAGCCAAAGGCCUACCUGUACUUACCAUGCCGAGACAAGGAUGAGGAUGUGGAUCAGAACCUUGCUUUGAGUGAGUUCGCCAGCAUGUUGCUUCACUAUGCGGUAGAGGAGAAGCCCACAUUAAAGGAUUCAUGUGCUGCCAGAGCAGGUUUGCAGAACACAUUGGCUUUAUGCCACAAGCUGGAGGGGCUUCCAAAGUGGGUGAAGGAAGGCAGACUUGCUUUGGAUCGUUUUGACCAGCAGCUCACGAAUGUGGGGAAACAUGAAUGGAAGCAGCUCUUGGCCACUGACGGGCCAGUCAAGGCUUUGCAGGUUAUCCAAGAUCAGAAGCUCGAGCUGAGUCCAGAGUUGGACAAGCUGGUGGGUGUGCUGAAGCAAGCCCAUGUGCUUCAAGGUUUGGUUUCCUCCCCAACUGACCCCCUUACUCAGCAAGCCAAAGCACUGCUGACCAUUGACAGCUUGGAGAUUGAGAACAUAAAGUUCUUCUUUCCAGACCUGAUGGACACUUUGUCAUCCUUCAGGAGCCAGGCGCAUGAAAAUUUAUCAGCCGGUCUUUCCAAGAUUGAGGACAUGCUCAAAACUGGCAAGGGUAAAGUCUCCAAGUACAG